AUGGCGUCCUUGUCGAGCCAAACGAGUGAGGUACAGAGGAGGCAUCGCCGCAUGUUGUCUGAGUUGUUUAGGCUGGAGGAGAACCAGGAGUGCAUGGACUGUCAGGCGCGGAACCCUACCUGGGCCAGCACAAACAUAGGCAUCUUUAUCUGUUUGAGGUGUAGCGGUUUGCAUAGACAGCUCGGGGUGCACGUGAGUAAAGUGAAAAGCUGCACCAUGGAUAUAUGGGAGCCCGCGCAAAUUGCGUUCAUGCGCGCCAUGGGGAAUGGAAGGGCAAGAACAAUCUGGGAGGGCACCCUGCCGUCCGACUACGGCAAGCCAGGUGAGAAAGAGGACUCUGAGCUAGUGCUUAAAUGGAUUCGCACGAAAUAUGAGAUGAAGAAAUUUUACAGGCCUCCACCCACAGUGGAGGCGACGCAGGUGUCCACUUCUGCAAAGAAUGCACCGUUACAGCUAAGUGAUUUACAGAUUAAACAGCGGAGAACACGGAAGGAGGGUGCUCCUGGCACGCGGUUUCAAGAGGGUGGAGAGAUGCUCUGGGAGUUGAACUCAGGGGGUAAUAUGUCGCCAAGCACACCUGAUGCAGCACCUUUAUUGGAUUUAAUGACCUUUGGUGGCAUACAGACUCAGACUAGGCAUGGUGGAAACUUGGCAUUUGAAUUUGUUGAUACGUCGUCGCCAGCCCCCGAACAACAUGGAGUUAGUGCUUUUGCUUUUAUCUCAGCAGCAGGGAAUACCAAGGAGCGGGGAGUGUGUAAGUGUUCUCCCAGUUGUUUUGAUUAUGAAUUUGCAGGUGGCGCAUGUGAUGUCAGGGUUAGUGGCAGCCACGACGUCGCUGGGGGCUGUAGCAGACAGAGCACUGUGCUAGAUGACCUCUUCCGCGAUGACCGUCCCUCUCUGCGUGUGGAGGAGGCAAAUGGAGCGCAGGGUGUCCCGCUGCCAGUGCCAAUUCCGCCGAGAUCGAAUGGAUCAACUGUUGGUGCCUGUUUUGACCCUUUCGGACGAGUCUUCACCUCUUAG